AUGGAGCUUGGAGAAAUUGUUGCUGAAUGUCCUAGUGAGAAAAAGCUGUAUGCAGAGAAGGAGCCCAGAGACCAGAGCCUGCUGCAGAAAAGCGGAAAGCAAAUGUCUCAGCUGUUGGGGUAUCUCACAGGAGACAUGAAGGAGUGUGGACACUGGGUGAAAGAUAAACCCCUCACGGUGCAGCUCACGGACUGGAUGUUGCGAGGGACCUCUCAGGUGAUGUUUGUCAACAACCCUCUCAGUGGGCUGCUCAUUUUAGUGGGGCUUUUCAUCCAGAAUCCCUGGUGGACGCUCACAGGCUGCACUGGGAUGGCCGUUUCGACAUUGACAGCCCUGACCCUCAGUCAGGACAGGUCUGCCAUUGCAGCAGGUCUUUAUGGCUACAACGGGCUCUUGGUGGGACUCCUCAUGGCCGUCUACUCUGACAAAGGCGAUUACUACUGGUGGCUCCUGCUUCCAGUGGGGGUUAUAUCCAUGGCCUGCCCAGUCUUGUCCAGUGCUUUGGCAUCAGUCUUCAGUAAAUGGGACCUUCCUGUUUUCACUCUGCCUUUCAAUAUUGCGGUAACUUUGUAUUUGGCUGCCACAGGACACUACAACGCCUUCUUUCCUACAACCCUCAUCCAGCCUGUAACGUCAACACCCAACAUCACCUGGUCUGCAAUCAAUGUGCCCCUGCUCUUGCAGUCCAUUCCAGUCGGUGUCGGUCAAGUAUAUGGUUGUGAAAACCCUUGGACCGGAGGCAUCUUCCUCGUGGCUUUACUUAUCUCCUCCCCACUGAUCUGCUUACAUGCUGCAAUUGGAUCAACAAUAGGGAUGCUGGCAGCGCUGACCCUCGCCACGCCGUUCGACAGCAUCUACCUGGGCGUGCACAACUACAACUGCGCGCUCGCCUGCGCYGCCGUCGGAGGCGUCUUCUAUGCCCUCACCUGGCAGGCUCACCUGCUGGCCCUCGCCUGCGCAUUGUUUUGUGCCUACUCUGGAGCAGCUCUUACUAAUAUGCUAUCUGUGGUGGGACUGCCCCUCUGCACGUGGCCCUUUUGCUUCUCCGCACUUCUCUUCUUGCUGCUGGCGUCGGACAACCCAGCCAUGUACAAACUGCCCCUCUGCAAAGUCACCUACCCGGAGGCCAACCGCAUCUACUACCUGAGGAUGCUGAGAAGAGUAUCGGAGAGCAGAAGAGAGGAGCAGAAAGGAAAGGAGCUGAAAUCCUCUGGUGAUCUGAAAACCCAAAUCAGAGGCACCCCACUGUGCAGUCCCAAAAACAGCCACGGUUACUGA